GUGUAUGAUGAGAGAGGCUGUCUGUGCGCUCACAGGCUGCUCAGCUCUCAGUGAGUGAGGAGCGCGUGCAGAGGUCGGACUGCAGGGACCGAGCUCCGGUCAGCGCGUGGACUCUCAGCUGCACCGGAGACCAGGACACGGACCCGGGAGAGAGAGAGUUUGUUUUUUCCGCUCGUAGCUGAGAGAUGGAAUGUAUUGAAAGGACUCAGACUGUGUGAAAGUUUGUAUUCCGGACAUGGAGACACAAACAAAGAGAGAUUUGAUCUGAUAGAGGCAGACCUCUCCACUCCGGGCUGGGUUUGAGGGACAGCGGAGGAUGACACCUGCAUCCAGCCUGCAUCUUUGAGGAGUGGGUAAAAACCUUUCCGAGAGACACUGUCCUCUGAGUCUUCUGUGAGACCCCAAACUGCGCACAGUUCACGGCUCUGGCUGCAGAAAGACGCUUUUUUUUGCACUUUAUCUCUUUGCACCCUGGAAAACUGCCUCCUGAAUAUCACUUUGCACACAGGUGAGCACCCAGAUUAAGACUGAAUGUAAAGUUAUUGUCUUUAUCUCGUUAAAACAGUCUUAUCAUCUUAGACUUGGUCGGAUUUCUGUGUUUAUCUACACUACAGUUUAGGAAAUCCAGGUUCAUGGUUUGGUCAUUCUGAUAAAGAUAGAAGUCCCUUUAAUAGUUUUAAAUCCAGGAAUCUUCACAAGUUUUACACAAGAGGAGAUUAUUGAUUGAAUCAGAUGAUUAACCCUUUCUAAUCUAGAUUUACACGGAUUAUUAUUCUCUUUACAGGUCAGAACAAAUUGUUUUACUCCACACUGAACGCCUGUAACUCCUCUUUAGUUUCCAGUUCAUGAGACAUUUACUGAGAAACAUGAUCAUUCCUGUCCUUAUCUACACAACCACAAGAUUAUCUAGGUUUGUAAUCAUCUAUGUGUGGUUAAAACUUCUCAUAAUCUCAGCCACAUUGUUCUGUACUAACAAACAGUAAUCAGAAAUCUGGAUUAGAUGAUUUACAUCUCAAUUUUCUGGUUUGCAUUAUUGGUAGCAUUUUAACAUUUCUUAAAAGGAGGGUGUAACAUUUACAGGCACAAAGCAGUGAUGGAAUAGGGCUACCAGUGCUUAACAUAAAUAUUCUGAAUAAACUAGUCCAUCAUCUUGAUUUUGCAGCUAAAACAGGAAUAAAUCAACACAAAAGAUUAUGUUUUCGGGUCUACAAAUACUGACUACUGCCAGAAAUUCCAGUAGUCUCCUGAAUCUUCAAUCUGUUCGUUUUCUGGCGUUAAAAUAUGAAGUAAAUUAGGCUUUUAGAUACUGUUGGCAGCAGGGGUUGAAGAGGUUAAUCUUCACAAGUCGCUGUUUUAGUGAGUGUGUAAAGUGUGAUCCCCGUUUCUCAAAAUCCUCUCUCUUUUAUUGCAGGUCUCUUCAGCCACAGUCACUAAAACUGUGCUCACCCUGUCAUGUCCGUACUGCUCGUCUCUUCUUUAGAGUUCACAUCUCCUGGAUUGUGAGAAAUAAAAGACAGCUUCUCCUCAGACUCUUUCUCCAGAGCGAUCACCAGAGCUCUGACUCACCAUGGGCACCGUCCUAUCCUUGUCUCCGGGCUCAAGGAAAUCAGGCUACUAUGACAACCGGCCGGGCUCGCUCAGCCACUACCCGAGCUUCAGCAGCCGCUCCCUCAACAGCCAGAAAGACCGCGGGCUGAAGAGGGGCCAGUCCAUCUUCCUACCGGCGCUCACGUGGAAGCGACUGGUGGCCUCCACGAAGAAGAAGAGCAACUCAAAGAAAUGCUCUGUGACCUUUGGGGACCCUCUGAACAACAACAACAACAUCAACAUCUACCAGAAGGACCCUCUAUUGCAUCUCAACCGUGAGAAUGUGAAGAAGUCGCUGUCAUGUGCCAACCUGUCCAGCUACGAGGGCCCAGCAGGUCUGGGUAUGGGGCUCGGCUACGGAAUCGGGCUGGGUCAGGGUCACGGAUUUGGCUACAGCAAGUCCCAGCAGCUUUCCUCUGCGAAGAAAAUCCCACAGGGCACCGUUACAUCUUCGCCAAAGCGGGUCAUCGUCCAGGCUUCCACCAGCGAGCUCCUGCGCUGCCUGGGUGAGUUCCUGUGCUGUCGCUGCUACCGCCUCAAGCACCUGUCUCCCGCCGAUCCGGUGCUCUGGCUGCGGGCUGUGGACCGCUCGCUGCUGCUGCAAGGCUGGCAGGACCAGGCCUUCGUCACGCCAGCCAACGUGGUCUUUGUGUACAUGCUGUGCAGAGACGUAGUGGACGGCGACGUGGUGGCAUCAGAGCACGAGCUGCAGGCCAUCUUGCUCACCUGCCUCUACCUGUCCUACUCCUACAUGGGCAACGAGAUCUCAUACCCGCUCAAGCCCUUCCUGGUCGAGGCGGGUAAGGAGGCCUUCUGGGACCGUUGCCUUGCUAUCAUCGAUGCCACCAGCGCCAAGAUGCUGCGAAUCAACGCAGAUCCACACUUUUUCACACAAGUAUUCGCUGAACUGAAGAGUGAAGGCGGCUGCGGCCCUCAGGACUAUAGUCGGGUGCUGGAUCGAUGAGAGUUUGGGCACUGAUCUCUGCUGACCGCAUGCCUUUUUGUACUUUCACCUGCACAUGACACAGAUAUUUGUCUCGUACAGAUUCCCCAUCCUCUUUUCUUCUUCUGAUGUUCUGAAGGAGAAAAAAAGGCCCGUCCUGUCAGAGUUAUUUACUCUUCUAAUGUCCCGCCCAUCCUCAAAAUAGCCCCCUCUCUGAUAAUUGGCUAACAAAGGUUCAGAGUGGGUUUCUUUCCUUGGAAUUCCCACCUGAGUUUACUCAACUUGGGGACCCAUUUGGCCCACCUGUCCCCUCUGACCCCCUGGGUCUUGCCCUGGUCAUCCCAGCUGCCCCCUAAAGAUCUGCUAAUCCAAGCAUCCUUGCUCCCAAUCAAUCAUGUAUCAAAAACAGAUCAAGAUACCAUCGUAAAGACCCAUCAAGGAUUUCUCCGUGUUUUUAUUCUGCCUGGCACCGACAGUAUAAUCCCACCGGAGGCAUCUUGACAUCCACUGCUGGCUAAGCCCUGUGUGUGCCAGCAAAGAGAAGUGACUCAGACUGAUGGGAACAGCUGAGGAGGUCCAUGUAAGGUCCCGUCGGUCCUGCUGUGUGCUGUGUGAUCACUAAGGCAGUGUUUUGUGGAGCCUUUUGUGGGUCGUCUCGCCUGAGGGGACAGUUGCUGUUUUUUCAUCUCGACUCGCUCGAACCUGCCAGCAGACUGUUUCUAUUUUAUCUAAUCUCUGGAGAGUUUCCUGGUGGAAGCAGAACACGGAUCUGAGAUUGACAUGUUUUUUUGUGUGAGUGUAUGCACGGGCAUGUGUGUGUGUGUGUAGGCAUUGUUGCGCAGUGGACAGCAGCCAGGGUCAUCAGCUGUUUACUCCUGCCUUUGUUCCCUGCGUCUUGUUGACAGGGCACCCACAGUCGGGGUAUUAAUGAGAUUAGCCGAUUACUGCUGCCCCUCCCCUCUCCCAACCUCUGCCCCCUUCUAGUCCACUCGGCAGCCCUGCAGAGCUCCAGUAGCUUAUCCAGGUCAGCCGGACUGUAAACUCACACACACACAUACUCAAGUUUAAAUACCUUGUUGUGUGCACUUUAUUCUCUGCAGUGAAUACCGCAUUGUUUGAUGCACGUGCGCAGCUCUGGAGAUAUCCCCGCAGGAAUGGCAGGUGAACGCUGUUGUGGUUAAUGAAUUUGCCCCACUUUCUCAUCGGUCACCUGCAUACCGUCAUCGAUGACGAGAGGCUUUGUUUCCUCUCUUAUCCCUCCUCAAACUCCUGCAUUGUGCUGAACUGAGUUGUUGGCAUCUGUGCCUGAGUGCCUUUAAUCUCUAUUUCCGCUUCUGUGUUUGUGUUUGUAACAGAUGCGCCUUAGAGUUUCCACUGAAAAACUGAACAUAUAUAGAUUUUAGGAAGCAGAUCUGAGUAAAUAUCUCUGAUUAGUGACUAAAACUCCAAACCUUUUUGACUUGUGAACCCUGAAAAUGAAUUCCUGCCAAUGACCCUGCCUUGUUUUGCCGUGUUAGCUCAAGUUUAGCCAAAAACAGACUCAUUUCCUGCCAUAUUUUCACUAAACAGCAAAAAAGUCGUACAGCACGAAUAUCUAGUCACCAUUACCAGUACAACCUCAAAUGCUCUAUGCUAGCUAGCUGUCUGACCUACUACCAUAGACUGUAUAUAGAAUGGACACCAUCUGCCUUCUCGCUGGGUGAAGCCACUCCUAGAACAGCACCCUCUAGUGACUGGCUGCAGUAUAGGUCAUAAAUCCUGCCUCCGCCAGCAAAGCUUAUGGGGAUGUGGACAAACUUAAGAAAUUUAUUACACAGAACAUAAAUUUUUCCCCCCUGGUUGCGAUGUUGACAUGUAGUUGUACUGGUUUGUGCUCAAGUCAUCUUUUUUUCUGUGCAGCUCAGAAGAUUGCGUAGAUCAACUGGGGGAUACACUGUUUGAGCCGAGCGUCAUCAUGGCGACUCUCCCGCCGAAUGCAUACAAUGCUAUACAAUGCUACUGCGCAAGUGCUGGAACCAAGUUGUCCAUAGUAUCUACAGUCUAUGCGUACUACCAAUAUGUUUUGCUUGAGGAAGUUUUGGUGCCCCACUUCCCUUCCUCAAUUCCUCAUCUCUUGUUGCACAUCAGAUUCAACCAAACUUCCCAAAGGUUCUGACCUUUACACACAGGAGCAAACAAACAGCUUCUGGUCACAUCUCCUCCUUCUGUAAUCCAGUUCAAAUCCUGCCACCCACUUAAAAAGUAGGAAACGUGAGGAAAUUCAUAAACGGUUUAGGACCCUGUAAGAUCGGGCCCCACACUUCUUGCACAGUUUUUGACUGAGCCUCUAAAUCCUGCUCUGAGAAUCCGGAGGCCUCAGAGACCCAGAGCUCUGCUGCCUCUUCCAGCUCAGCCGGGUUUAUCCAAGUCAAGCCUGCCUCGACGUCUGCCUGUGGGACCUCGCAUGAGCUCACCCCAUUCAAGGGGAGAGGAGCGAAAGCAGUGAUUCAUGCCUCUUUUUCUGUGACUUUGACUGGCAGCCAUUUUGGGCUCGUUGUUGUGGUCAGUGCCUCUCUCUCUCUCUCUCUCUCUCUCUCUCUUUCUCUCUGGUCUGGCUUUUGCUUUCACAAGGACACUUGUGUCUUGACUCAACCCCCCUCCCUCCAGUCCCUCCGUAUCCACUCACACUCAGCUGUUGUUCCCUGGCUGUUUCAUUAGAUUUGACACCCCACACCCGCCAGCCAUUGUCAGGAUGAGGAAGGGCAGAAUGGGAUCGUUUGUUGGCACCGUGUUGGUUGUGUUUGAGUGUGAAUGUGGGUCAAAGUAAAGGGUAGAAUCUGCUUCCACCAUGCUCCUUAUUUAGACUCGAACCAGAGAAUAUCAUAGUCAGAUGAUGCUUCGCCCUCAAAUUAAGGACAACCAAGGAUCAAUCUGCUUCUGGUUGUAUUCGCGUGUUGUUGACCAAAAACAAACGCUGACACAUGAUUUCCAGGACACAAAGGAGCCUGACGCAUGACAGCCUGACGGAGUUUUGACGUAGUUCGUCAAACAUGAUCGAAUUUGGUCUCCACCAAUAAGGCAACUGUCCCCUCCUUUUUGUACAACUCCCACCCGGCUGGAUGGAGCAGCUUUCCUCCAGGAGCCGAGACGCUUCCAAGCCAAUCAACUCUCAACUGGACUGGAGCUCUAAUUCCGUUCAUCCAAUCAAACCCCUCGGCUUUAGGCUCUUUCACUGACUGCCACAUGAUGCCUGAAACAUCUCUGUGGAGAAUCUAUUGUUACAUAGAAACUGAUUGACUGGGGACGCUUAAAAACGAGAAAUAAGAGGACUAUUAUGAUCAGGCGGACGAGGGGACCUUCAUCUGGGACUUUGCUAAUAUUUCAGAUGGGCCUUAGACUGGAUUAGUGUGGAGACUCUUGGCUACGUGUAAACAAUGUGAUAAAAGAUUUAAUGGAUAAGUCCAGUCUUAUUCUUUAUUUUUCUUAAUUUCAAAGAGUAUUAUUAAUUUAUCAUAUUUAAGAACUUUCAACCCCUUAAAACGCUUUUAAAGAAGUCAGUCAAACAUGAGUAAGAAGGUUGGUUGAAUACACAUUUGGUGCCCUGAAAAUAGUGGCUCCAAAAAAAGUGUUUUAAAAAGUUUAACACUGAUAAACGUCCGGCUCUUUGGUCAAUUUAACUGAUUCAUGUUUUUAUUUCUUGAAUAUAAGAAAAAUAUUGAAUACGACAAGACUGUUCCUUUAAGUCUGGACAACUCUGUGAGUUGUAUUAAGUUAUUUCAGUAUGCUGCUGCUGCUGCUGUAGGUUGGUGUGAGUUUUCAAUGGACACCUUAGACCGUGAUGUAAAUAUGUGGGUGUUGUUAAGAAUGAAAAUAUGAACAAAACGAAAUAGUCUUGCUGUGUAGUAGCAUGCAUGCCAGCCGGAUAGACUAGAAAUGUUUCUUUUUUUAUUACUUCUGCUUUUGUUUGAUUUUUAUAUGUGAAGUUUUAAAUGAAAUACUACGACUUUGGUAACUUAAAAAUGGAUCUCAUUGGCGUGCUCCUUUACGGGAAACAUGAUGUCAACAGUAUUAAAUGUGUGCAGGUGUAACUAUCAUCGAGAAGGCGGUAUGUUCAUGUUUAGAGAAAAUAGAGAUAAAAAUAUAUGAAUAAUCGGUAUCAUCUUCUCAAGCUUGAUCCUGAAAUAGCGAAGCAUGUGAGUUCUCAAACUGAACGUCCUUUAUUUUAAACUCAGCCGUCUCAUAUCAGACUUCAUCGGUCGAUUAGAUGUGGUCAUCUUCUGCAACAAAUAUCACAGUAUACGUAAAGACAUGAUCAAGUCAUCAAUAGCUUUUCUCAUCAGUGCACCAGCUGGUUCAACAAAGGCAGCCAUUGUAGAUGUAGCGUUUGUCGCAGGCAGCUCCGGUUCGGCCUGCAGCCUCUCAGACUGUAGCUUCAGCAUUUAGAUUUAAACAAACUUCUCAUUCAGACAGACGAAAAUACAGAUGAGUAUUUAGCUGUCACAUGUCCAUUUCCUCCUCCUCCUCCUAGCGUCCAUAUUUACACCCCUGAGCCGCCAUUGUUUCUGUCACUGCGAAAAGAAGCAGCACAUCACCUCGAGUGACUUUUAUAAAGCCACUAAAACGUGUCGCUUAAAGCAAAAUACUGUCGAUGGGAGAAACUUGAAGAAAAACAAAUGUGACUGUUUCAUUUUUCAUGUUUUUUUUUCCUUUUUCAUGAUGAUGAUGAUGACGUUUACUUUGUUGAUUAUUUAAUAAAGUAUUGAGCUGAAAUCCAAA